AUGACUAUAAUGGUUGCAACUGGAUUAUAUGGGCAAGAGACCCUACACGAUGAGCACCAUGGACUGUACGAACAUGUUGUCGCAUUAGGCAAGAUCUUGUUUGACCAGCAAAGGGUAGCUGGGUUCACGGAAGGCUACAUCUUCUGCUUCGAACCUGGAGUCAUCUUCCCACUCUUUUUUGUCGCCAUGAAGUGCCGUCAUCCCUUGAUCCGACGACAAGCCAUCGCGUUACUCGAAACCGCGAACCAUCAAGAGGGGACAUGGGAGAGUGUUGGAGCAGCCAAAGUCGCAGAGUUUGUGAUGGGUGUUGAGGAAGAGAACUUGCCUCAGGGGGCUGGCUCGGAACAAGUUUUGGAAUCUGCACGUGUGCAUUUGGUCAACAUUUCAUCAAAAAUAGAACGGCGUCGGAUUGAUUUGAGAUGCUUGCUUCGGACGAGUGAGGAAGAUUCGUGGUAUUUUAGGGAGGGGACUGUGUUUUAUUGA